AUGCCUCAACUUGAGAUUGUUCCACUUAAGUUCGAGGUCGUUCAAACAGUGGACGAGUCACCUGCUUCUAUUCAGCUACAGUCAUCACAAGGCGAGUACAAAUUCAGCUUCGAAGCUUUGAAACCGGGACUGUUUCGUACAACGUUUACGUCUCCCAAACAUCUGCUCCCACCGCAUCGAUCUGUGCCACUACCAUCUACUAAUUUGGAGGAUGCCAACGUACAGCAUCAGUCUUCUAGUGCAACUACGAAGUCGUUUCAGGUGGACAAAAUAACUGCGAGCAUCGACUGGACAACUGGGCCGCCCCUUCUGGCCCUUGGGUUUGCUGGUCAAGAUACGCCCAUUCACUCUGACCUUCCUCAUCGCGCCUAUGUCACCGAUGGAACUGGAAUAGCACACUACACAAAAUACAACAACGGCACAUUGCAUGUUGGUCUGGGUGAGAAAGCUGCUCCUAUGGACCUCUCCAACCGUCACUUCGUUUUGUCAGCAACUGAUAGCUUCGGCUACGACGUGUACCGCUCAGACCCGCUUUACAAGCACAUUCCGCUUCUGAUCAACGCUACGCCUCAAGGAUGUGUGGGAGUAUUCUCUUCUUCCCAUGCUCGGGGUUUCUAUUCGAUUGGUUCCGAGAUGGAUGGUAUGUGGGGACGCUUCAAGGUCUACCGCCAAGAACAUGGAGGGCUUGAGGAGUUCAUCAUACUUGGCGCCACCAUCAAGGAUGUAGUACGGAUCUACGCAGAUCUCGUCGGAUACCCUCUUUUGGUCCCGAGAUGGGCCUUCGGAUACCUUGCGGGAGGGAUGAAAUAUAGUAUGCUGGAUGAGCCGCGUGCAUCAGAUGCGCUGAUGGAGUUUGCAAGAAAGAUGAAAAAGCACGACAUAUCUUGCUCAGGCUUUCAAAUGAGUUCCGGCUAUACUGUUGCUGAAACAGAACCAAAGACACGCAAUGUCUUCACCUGGAACCGACACCGUUUUCCUGACCCCAAAGGCUUCAUAGAUGCUUUUCACGAGCAAGGCAUACGCUUAAUUGCCAAUGUCAAACCCUACGUACUUGAAAACCACCCCGAGUACGAAAAGUUAAAGGCAGCCGGCGCUUUUUUCACAGACCCUGUUACUGAUUGCUCAGCUCAAGCGAGGCUGUGGAGCGCUGGUGGUGGUGAGAGUGGUCUAGGCGGUCACAUCGACUUCACAUCUGAAGCAGGAUAUCGCUGGUGGUACGAAGGCAUCAGGGAUCUCAAGCGCGUAGGUAUUGACUGCAUCUGGAACGACAACAACGAAUACACCAUACCUAACGACCAGUGGCAAUGUGCAUUAACUGAGCCUUCCGUAAACCAGGACAAAAAUGGCAGCUAUUGCAAAGACGUCGGAUUCUGGGGACGAUCGCUCAAUACUGAGCUAAUGGGCAAGAGUUCUUACGAUGCUACGCUGGAUGUCGAGCCAGAUCAGCGACCAUUUAUUCUCACUCGGAGCGCAACAGCUGGCACUUUGAGGUACUGCGCUAGCGCGUGGAGUGGUGACAAUGUUACGAGCUGGGAAGGUAUGAAAGGAGCUAAUGCUUUGUCCUUGGGUGCUGGCAUGUGCUUAAUGCAGUGCUACGGCCACGACAUUGGUGGUUUCGAAGGACCGCAACCUACACCAGAGCUCCUUGUGCGCUGGUGUCAGCAAGGCAUCUAUUCUUCACGUUUUGCGAUCAACUGUUUCAAGACUUCCCCAGAGAACAACAGCGUCGGUGACGUUAUCGAACCUUGGAUGUACGAGGAGACUACCUCGCUGGUUCGCGAUAUCAUCAAGCGCCGAUACGAACUCAUUCCGUAUCUGUAUUCACUUGCACUCAAUUCUCACUUGACUGCGACUCCACCGCAACGCUGGACGGGAUGGGGCUUCGAGAAAGAUGCAGAGGUAUGGAGCAAUAAGGUUAUAACCGAUGGUGAGACACAGUACUGGCUCGGUGAUGCCUUGCUUGUCGGAGGCGUGUUCGAACCCGGCGCUUCAGUAGCGAGAAUGUACCUCCCCAAAGACGCAUCCGAUCCCGAUCUCCAAUUCCUUGACGUCAACAACUCUUCUCAAGCCUACUACAAGGCUGGCCAGUGGAUCGAGAUCUCAGCCAGAUGGGACCAGAGCAUCCCUGUGCUCGCAAAGGUUGGCACGGCCAUUCCUGUCGGUCGCCCAGAACAGACGCUUGCUGUAGGCGAAAAAUCGAAUCCAGCAAACUUGCAGCUUGACGACUAUCGCGCCGUGGAGCUCUUCCCGCCAAAAGGCUCGUCAAACGGGAAAAUAUUCACGACUACUUGGUAUGAAGAUGAUGGGAUCAGCCCACCGCCGGCCAGCGUAUCAAUCUUUGAGUUGCGCUACACGACGACCGAAGACGUGGUCGCGGCUGAGCUGGAGAAGAAGCUUCAACCAGGCUUCCAAACAGUGUGGAAUCAACUAGUGGUCAUUCUCCCGGCUGGCGACACGCGUGCCGUGAAGCUCGACGGGCACCAUGCCGAACUCGUCAAAACGGAUGACAAAGGCCGUGUUCACUUCCGAGCCAAAAGCACUGAUCAUUAG